ACCGUCGCCAGUUUUCCCGCAGCUUUCGUGUUGUUCGUUCGUUCGUUCGCCGCCGGUUCUUUCACGCGUUCACCAAAAUACAAUAUUUUUUACGAAAGACUACGCGUGUUUUUUUUCAAUUUCUAUUUCUAUCGUGAUACCUAUAUAAUAUGCAUGUCCUAGCAAUUUUUUAACGACAUGUUUUGUACGUUGUCCGGCGGUAGUGUUUUGUGAUAUGCCCGAAAUUAAGUGAUGGAGACGGCCAUGAUGUUAUGCCGUAUCACUAUGGCGAUGCUGCUGUUGCUGCCGUUUCAUCGGAUGGCCAUCGCGGAUAAUUUAGCAUUAUUAACCGGGACGCUGAGGACAUAUCACAGGGUGGGCUGCGAGACCCAAUCGUUGGCGCUAACGUGCCCAACCGGAACGAUAAUUUCGGUGCAGUCAGCCCAGUACACGCCAGGUUCAUUAGCGUUACCUUGCUCCGACACCAGACUUGCCGCCAAUCUCAACAACAGCUGCAGCUGGCCUCAGGCCUUACAGUAUUCGCUGCUACAGUCUGUGGUAGAGGCGUGUCAGAAAAAACAGCAAUGCAGAGUUCAGCCAUCUGUGGGCAAAUACGAUCCUUGUCCAGGCCACCCAAAGUUCAUUCAAGUCGAUUAUAAAUGUCGACCAUUCGAGUUCAGGAGCAAAGUAGCAUGUGAAAAUGAGGUGGUCAACUUACAGUGCAAUCCGAAUUCGCGGUUAGCCAUGUUCUCGGCGAGCUACGGCCGAACAGAGUACGAGAGUAUUCAGUGUCCGCAACCACAAGGCGUUCCCGAAGAAACCUGCUUAGUGAGUUAUGCGACGGAGACCGUGAUGACUGUAUGCCACGGCAAAAGAAAUUGCAGACUGGCGGCGGAUGCUGCGACAUUUGGCAACCCUUGCAAACCAGCUUCCAGGAUGUACUUGAAAGUCGUCUACAACUGUGUGCCCAGGAGAGUGUUAAAAGAACAAUUCGAAGAGCCUGCUCAUUCCGAUGAACCAACUGUAAUGGAACUGGACUACUUUGACAACCCUGGUGUAGCCCCCGUACAACCAUUCGAAUCCUUAUCCCAUCCCGCCAACGACCCCAGGACUAGGUAUAACGAGUCGGCCACCGAUCCCGUUGGGCAUGAAAAUUCAUCUAGUUCGUCACUGGGUACGAUAUCUCGGCAUACGUAUCAACAGUCCACGUCGAAUCCGGUACAAAAUAUUACCACAAUCAAGACGGCUGAUCCGAAUACCGUCUUAGCUAACAUCGUUACUUUUGGUUACAUUUCUUACAAGAUUGUGUACAAAAAACAAGACAAGUUUUACUUAUACUUGGGCGGUGGAUUAAUUGGCGGCCUUUUGUCCAUAUUGUGUGUUGUGGCGGCCAAAUACGUCUGGCAGCGUUCCAGGAGACAUUUGGACAACAAACAUAAGUCCGAUAACACCAGCCAUGACAUGUCAAUCGACCCAAAUGCAUUUGGCGAUAACAUUAGCGAAGUAGACGCCGAUAUUGAUCUAACGGAUAUUACACAAUUUCCCAUCACCGUUAUACCCACACAACAGUUAUCGCCAAGCGAAGUGGUGAGAUAUGGAAACGAAGGUAUUGCGCCCAAAAGUCUGUGUAGGAAUGACAGCUCGCAAUAUUAUUAUGGAUGACAAAAUGGCGGCAAGGAGACGGUCAGCCGGCUGCCUUGCUCAUCCCAAACGCCAGCAAAUCCUGCCGCAUCAAGAAUGUAUUGUUUCUAAUGAACGGGAUCGUUGCUUGCCCAAGAAUGAGCUUAGCAAAACCCAACUAAAAGACUUUCGAAUUUACUUUAGUCUAUAACUUCUUUUAUUUAUGUGUAAUGUAUAUAUAUAUAUAUAAAUAAAUAUCUGCGUAUCAGUCGAA